GUGCUGUCAAGAUAUUCGGCUUGCAGCUGAGAUUGCCAAUCGUGGAGUUCUUUGAAGUGGAAAGAGAAAUAGGAUGAGAAAUGACACGAACGGGCAUUUGUCAUCCAUAAUCUACAAUGUCAGGAAGCCGUUCGUUGUAGUUUCUUUUGCUACUUACAGAACAGAAACUGUACUUCUCUGUAAAUCACUAAACACUAAAACAGGCGCAAAUUUAAGCUGCAAGUGAAACGCUCGAAGUGAAACUCUGUUGAAGAACACUUUGUUUUGAUAAUGGCAGGACGACUUCCUGUGAGUUUGUUGUUUCAGCACAGACCUACAUAUCUCAGACUGCAGUGUCAUGCAGAGUUAUUGAGUAAAUAUGUCACUCUGCUCAGGGUGAGGACCAUGAAAACUCUGCCGCCGCAAAGCCACAACUGUUCUAUAUCUGAACGAUUGAGAACUAGCUCGAGUUUUUCCCGUGUUGUUAUCUGUCGUGAUUUCCAGGAAAAAGACGACCGCCAGUUUCAGCUCAUGGACAUGCCACAUGUUUGUGGAAGAGAUAUUACCCGCUCAAUCAACAACUGGAAAUCUUAUUUGAGAAUUAUUUUGAAAUAUGACCAAGACUUUCGACCCAGUCAAUUCCUGAUAGGCGCUCAGCAGGCAAUUUUGCGUGUCUCAAAAUGGAUAUCUGAGGGGAAUUUUAAAGCCUUGGAAGGAUUGCUGACUGCAAAGGCUGCUCGAGAGGUGAAGCAAAAUUUUGAGAAAUUAUCAUCUGAUCAGAGGGAUCUUAUAGCCAUGAGUGAAACAGAAAUUCAACGUCAGUUUAUUUAUGAUGUUCGAUUGAAGGAGUCACCUUUACUUAAGGAACCAUGGACGAAGGGAUGGGAUGAGAUUAUACCUGCUACAAAAGUAGAAAUCAUGGUGGUCUUGGAAGGGAGUCACUUGAAACAGACAAAAUGUGACAUGGAAAUCACACUGGAGAAAGAGGAGAGAUUCUUCUGCAAUUAUGUAUUUGAGAGGACGUUUGGAGUGGAAGGCUGGCACUCAGGCUGGAUUAUAACUCAGUUGAACCAUUUUCUUCCAACUGUGUAAUACUGUGGACUUGCUCAUAGUAUUUGUUCAAGAAAUGAAUAGCAAAACUAGAAAAUGAAUAUGCUGUAUGCUGCUUUCAUAACAUGGUGCUAAGGAAUACUUCUGGUUGAUGGAGUUUGGGUAACUUUUGUACAGAAAAUAUCCAUAAAACUAUAUUACUGACACUCACAAGUGUGAAUGUUGAUUUUUGUCUGUAACUUGUGCGAAAUGGGUAGUUAAAUCUGACAAUAAAUCUUUUUCACACAGGUCUUGCAGAAUGAAUGAAGGAAUGAAUGAAUGAAUGAAUGAUUAUGGCUUGACGCCACUUCAGCAAUAUUUUAGCCGUAUCUUGGCAAGGACGUGUUCAAACCAGGAAACACAAAGGUCUUGCGGCAGUUUUUGUUUAAAUGUGGAGCAAUCUAUUUCCCUAAUUCCUCAACCCUUUCAUACAUAAAAGAGCUACUUUCAGUGCAAUUUAUGCACAUUUUCAGUUGGAUGUUGGAGACAGAGCUACAUUGGUUGGAUUGACCAGUUUCAGUGCUUAACAAAAAGUAUGGCUUUAUCAAUCAACACACAAUAAUGCCUUCAGAACAUUCUUGAAUAAACACCAUGGAAACUUUCAAGAAGGUUGAAGGAUUACAGUAAGUGUAUAUUGUUCUUUUGUUAUGGUUUAAAGUCUUUUGCCAUUUUCUAAUAUUAUGGCAAUUGUCAAGACUGUUUCUCAGAUGCACUGUACCAUUUGUGGUACAUUUUGGUUUAGCAGCAUGGGAAAUACAAUCGAGUUGCAGUGUGUGAAUAGUCAUAAAAUUUGAUCUUCGAUCGUAUUAAAGUGCUUGUCUUACAUUUAUUCAUAUGGCUGCAUUCCAUGAAUUGAGGCAUCUUUAGUGUGAAUCAGGGCCUGGUUAUUCAAAACUGUUUUAAGACCUUAAUACCAGAUUUCACUUUAAGGGAAAUCUUAAUUUUGUACUUAGCCAAAAAAUAAUUCCUAACAUUAUACAUGCACUUAAAUAUGAACUUAAUCUGCUGCUGGUAUUGUUUAACUUAGGACAACUGUAUUGACUGCUGAAGUUGGCUAAAAUCUUAAACAUAAAACAUGGCUCCAUACCAGUAUUCACAAAUGCAUUUUCAAACAAUUGGGCCUUGAACUUUUGUGUCUUAAAAUAAUGUAUCUUCGAUGAUAUUUAAACGAGUUCAUUUAUAAAUAAAAGGGAUUGCAGUGGAAGCUGUAAUUGAGUAUUUUCGUUGAGUUUUUCCUACGUCUUUGUACA